UCUUUCAAACAAGGAUUAGCAACUUAUCUAGGAAAUGUCUCUAAUCAGCAAUGUCUACAGUAACGUUAUUGCCAUUUAAAGAGACCAUCUCCUGAUGAUUUGUUCAGUCUAUGUUAACAGAUGCCUUUAAUAUGGAAAUGAGAUGGCUUGUAGCAUUCCUUCAAAUUGAGAAUUGAUCAGGAAUGGUAAUACUGUUUAUCUAAGGCUAUAACAAGACAUGGAAUCGCUGACUUCCCAUCUUCCCAAGGUGGAUGACAAGGCUUUAGAAUUCCAGGUGGACAUUCAGGAUGCCCAGUUUAACCAUGAGGGCCGAUACUUCCUGCGGCUCUCCAUCCAAAGCCUGCACACAAAGGACUACAGUGGGGUACAGGUACAAAAAGGGUACGGCGCUCCGUACACAAACGAGAACGAAGCUGAAACUGAUGUGGUGACGCAACAGGAGUCCGCGGUGCUGGCCAGAUUUCAGGACAAACAAUUCACCUUCAGACUCCCUGUGGGAUUUUGUAAGAAUGACAAGAAUCAUGAUCUGUAUUUACUUGUGGAGGCCUUUAAUCUACCAAACAAUGGCGGCAUGGGUAAGAAGGUCGGAGAGGGAAAGUUUGCUAUCUACCCUCGGCCGAAUGCUCCAAAAAUCAAAGCCAAUGUGGAGCCCGGGGAGGACUUCUACAACUACACAGAUGUAUUGUCUCUUUUACGAACAGUCAGUACAGACAGUGUACAGAUGCAUUGUGGGAGAAUACGCAGUGUUUACGCAUUACGAGAAGUGCUUCUUCCCAAACCAAAGUCACCACCUAAGACACCACCCAAAAAAAUAAAAAAGAAGCAAACCCCUCCACCAUCCAGCCGACCAGUCCCGAAACCAAAACCAAAACCACCCCCCUCACCAACAAGCUCCUGGGGUGGGGACAACAUAUCCAUUAUGCUUCCCUCUUCUCCACCCUACCCACCUCUCUCCGACAACAAAAUCGUUAAGGAGUCCCCCCUGGAGGAUAGGGACAGACACACAUACCACACCCAGCCCUCGUACCGACACGUGUCAAAGCUUGGGGAGGAGCAGAUCGACGUCAUCUUCCAUGGGGCCUCGAGUCUCCCCAACACAGAGUCCGGCACAACACCUCAAGCCUUUGUCAUCUUGAAGACAUCGGAUGAGGACCAGAAAGGUUCUGUGACCCACGCCUCCCUGAGACCGACCAGUUCUCCAUCCUGGGAGGAGAUGAUCAAAACUACCCUGGACUCAUCCGAGGCGGGGGAUGAAUUUUUAGUGGUCUCUGUGGCAGAUGGUCCCUCCAAACAGGAACUGGUGGACUACAAAAUCCCCGUCAACUCACUGCAGCCAUUCCACCAGUAUCAUCUGGAACUGGUCAAGCCAAAGAAGGGUGUUCCUAAUGGAGUUCGAGUUUUUGCCUCAAUAACCAGAAAACUGUCAAAGCUCCCUAAGGAUGCUUCUUCUCCAAACUAUCUGGGACUAGAGGUUUUACUUCAAGCUGUCCAGAAACCCCUACAGACCUCUAUGGGGCCCCUGAUUGCUGUGGCUAGGAUCGUCCCUGAUUUCUACAAUUACAGAAGUAAUUACUUGAUCUCUAACCCUCGAGCUGCGGGGGUCACUAUGACCAGUGUCUCUUUUCCUUCCCCCCACCCUGCCUCCUUCAGUGUUCCCCCGGGGACUAAACAUGGCUACCCUCAGAUAAGUUUGCCAGGUAAGCCUGACGUCCAGCCUGUGUGGAAUCACCCGUACCUGUUCUGUGACGAGAGAGACAAGGCCACACUCUUCACCCCAUCAGCAGCCCUAGUGAUAGAAUACUACCACCAGGACACAGCAAUGACAGAUCAGUUCUGGAAGGUUAAGAGUCCAAUGGGGUUCUCAGCUUUACAGCUUGACAAAGAUUUGUACACGGAGCUGAUAAAAGAGAAUGCAGUCAAAGGUCUGAGAGUAGACAAUCUACCUGUUCAGGGUACAGACAUUGUAACGAUUGACGGGACACAACCCACAGUUGGAGUGAUCCUAAAGCUCAUUACGAACAGUGAACCCGAUGCCAUGGUGAGAGCAGACAACCUAGAGUCCCUCCCUGCUCUGGAUUUGUUCCCUGAGCCGAGUGCUGGGUACUUCCGUACUGGAGAUGACACUAACGGUGUGAAAUCUCCUGAAGUUUUGAAGGUUAACUUCGCUGAUGAGACGUCGUGGGGCUCAAUGGGAACUGAGAAACCCGAAUCUCCCCCACAGCAGCCGGGGUACUACUUACAGAAAGUCUACAAGAAGCCCAUGUCUCCUAAUUGUUUGUUCCAAGUCUAUUCACUAUCAGGUUUACAGCCUAUCAAAGAUGGAGACCUUCCUCCUUAUGAGGCUAUGGAGUCUAUACUGCCAGAUUACCAGUACAUCUUUGUGGAUCCAGAAAACAAAUCUGGUCGCCCACCCCAGAGGCCACCAGCAGCCACCCAACUACCAGGGGCUACCUCCUCAAUGCCAGGAGGCCCCUCUACAAGUUACCAGCCUGGAAAUCUAGACCAGACGUCCAUGAAUGUAUUAGACCACCAGAUGAAGGAACUGGAGAAUUACCGUACAGCUGUCCACAAAAUGGGUCAGGAUAUCCUGGCCCUGAGGCAGCAGAUCCGCGAGUUGGAGGCGAAUAACAGUCAGCUGCGGAGGGAUUUGGCAAAUUACAAUGAUGCGGGUAAACUGAUGAUCGAAUCCGCGGAGCUUGACAAUCUCACAAAACCAGAGGUCAUGUCCAGAUAUGCUGCACUAAAACAAACGCUGCAGUCAAACUCGGGUGACAUACAAGCUUACAAAGACAAAGUUCAGAAACUACAGAACGAACUCAUUAAGAAAAAUGACCAAGAAAAGAGGUAUAUAAAGAUUGCUCAGAACUACAAACAACAGAACGAGGCGAUCACCAAACUCCAGGAGAAACUGAAGAAGAUGAGGACUGUGGAGGAGGCGUGUAAAAAACAGGAGAAGGUCAUAGAGAAGAUGGAGAAGAUACUAGAAAAACAGCACAGAGACCGGGGCAAAAAGUCAACAGAUGCUGCCCAAGAAGCCAAUGAAGCCCUGCUAGAGGAGAACAAGAGACUAAGACAACAGGCUGAUGAUUUACGGGAUCAGCUGAGAUUAAGUAACAAAGGAUCCUCCACCUCUGAAACAGAUAAACUGGAGCUCUAUCAGGCUCUGGAGAAAGCCGAGGCCAGGAUACAGUCUCUAGAAACCCAGCUUUUAGAGAAUUCCAGAAGUUGGGGUAAAGAGAGAGCCGAUAUGUUGUUAAAGUUAAAUGAAGCGGAACACGGGUUUGGACGUUCAGCGGGCAUGGUUCUACAUGAUUACCCUGUCUAUAAUGACAAACUUGCCCGAAACAGCCCUCGGCGAUUGUCUCCCCUGUACCGCUGAUACGACUCGGGACCCCCUCCAGGUGCUUUCAAUAUGGCUGCCAGUAGGAGCUCAUAAGACUGUAAACGUCACCUUUAUUUAUUAGUCACACAUCACACAGGACCAUGACAGACAGAUCGAAAGGUGCUGGCUCUUGUGAAUGCCAGAAUUGUACAACUGUGUUUAACUGAGAUUAGCAACUGAAUGAGUGCAAAGCACAAAUAUUACUGCUUAAACCUGAGGCUGAUGAUGAAACAAGUGUCUUUUAUUAUUUCACAUUCUUUAUCAAAUUUUCUUUUAAAUGUAACAUACAUAAUGUGCUUCUUCUUAAAAUGUUUUGACUUUCAUACAUAUUUUUCUGAAUUGUUCAUGACUGUGAUAGCAGACACCAAAGUAUACCAUGCCUACUUGUUCAUCUUUUAUGUUGUACAGUAAAUCUCUAUAUUGUUAUCAGUUUUCUUUGUAUAAUUAUGUAUUGUUAGAGAUAUAUUGCAUUUUGUUGGAAAUAAAUUAUUUAUAAC